CUCUGUCAUUCAAUACAAAACGUUUCACUUUCCGAUCACUACAAAUUUUGAUCUCCUUAUAUUUUAUAAAAUUUUUAGAGCAGUAUCAAAAUUUUUAGCGAAGAGUAUAUAUUUUGGUCAAAUAUGUCAAUUAAAAAUUUGUAUAAUAUUGCGUGGGCAAUGACGUCACCUCAUAUACAGGAUAAUAUAUCAGCUAAUCUGCAGGAUAUGCAAAAUAAGAUAGAAGCUUUGAAGCGCGAAUCGAAUAAAAAUAAAAAUUUUGCCGAAGUAACCAUCCCUCGUAAUCAAUCUGAUAAUCCUCAAUUUGAUGUGGAGAAAACUGCAUUAAUGGCAAGCGCAACUGUUGAAGUUUCGGAACAACCAGGAUCAUUUAGUCCAAACAUGGGUUUAUCAAAAUCAAACCGGGGGAUGAAUCGCAAUUUUGGCCAGUAAAAACCAAAAUUUUUGGUGCAACAAACUAAGAAUUUUGCCAAAAUUGCUUUUAAAGAUGUUUCUUAUCGGUUGCUUAUUAAACUAUAUAGACUGGCUGCAGAGAAGAAACUAGUUUUGGCAUGUUAAGACAUGGGAGUGUGAUUGUAGUUUCAAGGAUAUUCAAAAUAAUUCUCCAGUUCUUGGUUUAGCUGUAGCAGUCAUUUAGAAAAACCUGGUUAAAUGUUACAUCCUGCCUUAAUGAGAAAUGUAUUCUAACAAUCAAAUGAAAGCUUUCCAAUGGAGCUGAAACUGUAUGCAACAUGAUAGUGGUCUGAAAAUCAGAAGAAUAAGAUGG